AUGGAGCCACCAAGCCACUACAACAACUGGCCCACCGAUAAAGGCUUCGAUCCCGAAUACGAACAACGCGAGCCAAUCGACCUUGUCGUGACCGGGACGAUACCCGCCUAUGCCGCAGGGGUCUUGUAUCGCACCGGUCCGGGGAAAAGUCAUGUCAAGGCAGAGAAUGGAGAGACUCUCAGAAUCACCCAUUGGUUUGAUGGCUUCACUCAGAAUCAUCGAUUCCAGAUCCUCGCUCCGGAUGAUCGCCACACAUCAACACGAGUCCUCUACAACUCUCGCUUCUCAACGGACGACCUGAUCCAAAAUGUCAUCAAAAUGGGGUCUCUAAAAGGUCUCGGCUUUGCAGAAGGUCGUGAUCCCUGCAAAAGCGUCUUGGGCAAGGCUCAAAGUGAAUUCAUUCCUCAACCCACCCCCUCAAGCAAGAACAUCGGCGUUACUCUUUCGAUCAACUUCCCUGGCUUGGACUACAAAGACGAGAGAGAAUCGAGCCUCCGCAGGAGAGAUGUGCAAGAACAAACUCUUUAUGCCAAGACCGACUACAAUGCCUUCCAGAAGGUUGAUCCGGAAACACUGGAGCCUCUUGGCCUGGCCUCGCAAGAGGAUCUACACCCCGAACUAUCAGGCCAAGUGUCUGCGUCGCAUGCUCGGUCCGAUCCUGAAACGGGAGACGUGUUCAACUUCAACCUCACAAUAGGACGAACGUGUACAUAUCGCGUUUUCAAGGUCUCGGCAGCAACUGGAGAGACGACAAUCCUAGCCACGUUUGCUGCAACCCCUGCCUAUCUCCAUUCGUUGCUUAUCACCAAAGAUCAUGUCAUUCUCUGUAUUUGGAAUGCGCAUCUCGAUCCACGGAGCAUGGCUGAGUCUUUUAUGAAGGCGAUUUUGCCCACAGAUCCCAGCCAGCCAGCAGUCUGGUAUGUCAUUGAUCGCAAAGGGGACAAUGGAUUGAUCGCAACAUACGAAAGCCCUGCAUUUUUCUGUUUCCAUACUAUCAACGCAUGGCUGGAGCCUUCGGAAGACGACGCUUCCCAGAUGGACAUCGUUGCAGAUCUUGUGAGAGCUGACAAUACGAGGCUGAUACAUACCCUCUACUAUGAGAACCUGAUAUCAUCUCUCGACACAGCCAAAAAAUUCCAGGAGAAUAAAGAUGACUCUCUCCGGACAUCGAUCGCUCGCUUUCGCCUGCCCUCUGUGCCGCAGACUCCAUCUACGGAUGUAAAGAAGGCAAGCCUCGAAUGGUCUAUCUGCAAACCAUUAUCUCCCGAGCUACCGAUAAUCAAUCCGACCAAGGUCACUCAGAAGCAUCGAUACGUUUAUGCCGUGACAUUCCGUGGCGAGGCAACUCUGACAGAUGGUAUCAUGAAACUUGAUUGCGAGACCCAGCAAGUCUCUUUGUGGGCCUGCCAUGGCCAAUCGCCCGGUGAGCCCAUAUUUGUCGCCGACCCUGAUGGCAUUGACGAAGACGACGGCGUUCUGCUCAGCGUUGUGCUUGAUGGAAUGCAUGAUAAGAGUUACCUGCUCUGUCUCGAUGCUCGCAACUUGUCAGAACUCGGCCGGGCGAACGUUGACGGCGCUGUUGGGUUCGGUUUCCAUGGCCAGCAUGUCUCAGCCGUUGGCGGAAUGCCGACUGGUGACUACUAA